CGUACAAGCACCCUGAAGCUCUUUGCAUUACACCUGUGCUGUGAGUACUGUGUUCUCCGUCCCAAGUCCCUGCACUCUCUCUACCUGUCCCACAGGUAAGCCUCACGUGUAGUAGGCGUGUCUUGGUUUAACAAACAGGAAGAGACUGCUUCGAGAUCUGUCAUCCAAGACAAUCGCAGCCAAAGGAGACCCCGGACACCCAUUGAGCUGAUGCCAACGAACCUUCAGAUAAUUCUCCAUCUGUUCCUCCUUACUCAUCCUUCUCCUCAUCCCACCACCAGACCCCAUCAAGCAUUUUUUCCCCUUUUUCAAUAUUCUACUUCCUCGUUCACUGCUUUUCUCGGCUGUCUUUCUUCCUGCUGUCUCAGAAUCACUUCUCAAGCUUUUACCACAAUUCCUCCAUUGCUUUGUCCCAACCUUCUCUAUACAUGUCCACCAAACAUAAAAGAUCACCCCAACUGGACAGGAGGACAUGGGAGAAGACCCUAAAGGAAUUGGAAUCCGUGAUGAAGUUUCGGACGGCCCCCCAACUUCACAGAAGCCACCCCUUCAUUCCAGACGUCGUGCAGGCCAUCAUAAACGCCUUGAAACAGAUAUUGCAGCAGAACCUGUGGUCUGAGCUCAGUCACAACCUCUACCUACAGGUCACCUUAGAGAGUCUUCUCCACAAGGCAGGGCAAUGCUCCGGCAUGCUGCGCCAGACACAUCAAGGCGAAGGAACCUUACCCAGCAGGAGGAACCUCAACAGGAUGUCGCUGAUUUUCAGUCAUACGCUCUCUGAACUAAAGGCCAUCUUCCCCGGAGGCAUUUAUCGGGGGGGUUCAUAUCAGGUCGUCAAGCCAGAAGCUGCAAAAUUCUGGACACAAGCGUUUGGGAUAAGAUGCCUCAUACAAUGGGCCGAGUUCAAGGCAAGACUGAAUUCCGUGCACCCACUGGGCAGUGGACCUCUAGAAUCGGCUCUCCGCAGCACAGUUGACCUCACCUGUAAUGACCACAUCUCAGUAUUUGAGUUUGACAUCUUCACUCGACUAUUCCAGCCUUGGGACACGCUGCUGCAGAACUGGAUGCUUCUUGCUGUCACGCACCCAGGAUACAUGGCUUUCCAGACAUACAAUGAAGUUAGAGAUCACCUACAAGGACACAUCCACAAGCCUGGGACCUACAUCUUCAGAUUGAGCUGCACACAUCUUGGGCAGUGGGCCAUUGGCUAUGUGACAUCUGAUGGUACCAUCCUUCAGACCAUCAUACAUUACAAAUCUCUUUAUAAAUCGCUAAAGGAAGGAGAGGAAGAAGGACACUACCUCUACCCAAAUGGACUAAGUGAAAACCCAGAUUUAUCAGCACUCGAAAACCCAUCACCCAACACGGUGGUCAACGUGACACAGGAGCAGUGGACCGUAUACUCCGACAUGGACUUUAAACUCUGUAAGAUCUGCACAGACAAAGAGAAGAACAUUCGGAUACAGCCGUGCGGACAUCUAAUAUGCGACGAUUGCUUGACAGGUUGGCAGAACUCUGCCGGAGUCACCUGCCCUUUUUGUCGCGCGGUCAUUACAGGAAAAGAGUUCAUUCAUCUCGAACUGCAGCCCGAGCUGAGCGCCACGCCAAGCACUCAACCAGAAGGUUGUCCUAUCGAUCCAGAGGAGGAGGAUUGGAUCAGAAACAGGCCUCUGCCAGCACCCCCUCAGAGGGAAUCUCCGAGCCCUCAGCCUCCCGUACCAUCUCGGCUAUCCACUUACCCACCGGUACCUCCUCCGAGAAUAAAAAUACGUGCGUCUGACAUCAUCCGGAAUCAAGAAACACCGAGGGGUGUAGAAGUAGCUAACAGGAUAGGAUGGGGCGCACCCAUUGUCCAAUCUAACCCCGCAGGUGGCUACUCCAGUACAGCCAACAUUCACUGAUAGGAUUCAUACAUUCUGUAUUCUACCAACACUGCAACCAUGAAAACUUUCUUAAUUGACA